AUUAUCUCAAAUAACAAUACCAACAGAAAUGGAAACUUAUAACGGUGUUAUACUAACCCCCCAAGACGCCAUUCUCCUAAUGGAGGCAACUAGAAUAGGUCUUCUACCAAGAGUCACCAGAAGACUAACUGAACUAGAAAGGAAAUCAAUUAAGUCUGGCUCAGUUUAUGUUUGGGAUGAAAAAGAAGCUGGUAUGAGACGCUGGACUGAUGGUAGAUCCUGGUCUGCUUCAAGAGUAUCUGGCUGCUUUUUAACCUAUAAAGAAAUGGAAGGAAAAAGGAUUGAAGAUCACCGGCAAAAUCGUCAUCUUAAUGGCUCAAUUCAAGCCUAUAAAUAUAAAUUAGAUGGCCUAAUUAAAUCAAGUUUUUCUUUAACAACUCACGAUGGUAGAAAGUUGCACUUGAUUUUUUAUUUUAAACAGUCUGACUUCAAUUCAACUAACUAUUUCGAUCAAACCCCAACAAGAGAUAUAAGAUUGAAAAAUAUCAUCAUUCCCCCCAAGAUUUAUCCAGAUUACUCAACCAACGGAACCCCAGUGGUGAACAAUAACGCUGAAAACAAUAACGCUGAAAACAAUAACACCAAUCCUUCUCCAUACGAUAUUCAAAACCAAAAUAACAGAAUAGUCGCAAAUGUCAGAAUACCUCUAUUAAAUGAUUUUAAUCUUGAUUCAACCUACUUUAACCCUAGAUACUUGCCAAACUCAAAAAAUUUAAAUCGCGAAAUAAAUCACAAUAAUCACUAUCCCUAUCAAUUGCAGCAAUGUCAUGUCCAGAUGCAGCAUCAACACCAGUACCAACACCAACACCAAUAUCAAAAUACAACCCAAAAUCAGAAUAACUCAAAUUACUAUUCUCCACCAAAACCAGUAGCAAUUCUACCAAAUACUGAUUACUAUUAUUCAAAUAAUCAACAUUAUCACAUCAAAUCUUCAUACAACAUAAAUCUCCCUCAAAAUUCCAACAUCUCAUUACCUCCUCUAAGAUCUAUUACAAACGGUAUUCCAUCCUUUAAUUCAUUAUCAAAAGAUAUCGAUAAUCAGCUUUUGACCAGUUUAAACAGAUCCUUUUGAUUCUCUUA